UUGGCAAAUUGUUCCAUUUCUUAUCGGGACAUUUCUUUCUACCAAAGGGAGUCCUUGGCAGCUCAUCUGGUGAUCAUGUAUAUGCCAAGUCAGCACUUCACCACAGUCCCCAGAGGCAUGUCAUGACCCAUGACAUGACACCUGAUGAUAUACAGUUCUACACUGGGCUCUCACAUGAGGUUUUCAUCAACUUGGUGCGUGCUGUUUCAGUAGUUGACCACAAGAAAGGGAGGCAGCUUACCCUGGAGGACCAGGUACUGCUAACCUUGAUGAGGUUACGGCUGGGACUAUUGCUUGGGCACCUCUCUAGGAUAUUUAAGGUGUCUGUGACCUGUGUUAGUAUGACAAUCAUUCGUACAGUGAACAAACUGUGCAAGGUGAUGGAGCACAUUGUUAUGUGGCUGCCUGCUUCUUACAUACAAAAUAGCAUGCCUGAAAGCUUCAAGGAGAAUGGAUACAGUAGUACAACGUGUAUCAUAGAGUGCACAGGAGUUCCUCUGCAGCGACCAAAGAAACUGAUGGCCCGAGCCCAAACGUACAGUGCAUACAAGGCAAACAACACCAUCAAGUUUCUGACUGCUAUUGCCCCAAAUGGGUUCAUAAUGUUUGUCUCGCAAGCAUAUGGUGGCAGGGCGUCCGACAAGUACAUUAUGAGGGACUCUGGAAUAGAGGAGAAGCUUUCCAGAGGCGAUGAAGUAAUGGCAGACAGAGGGUUUUCUCUUAGCCUUCAUUUGCAGGUUGAAGGUGUGAAGCUGAACGUACCUGCUUUCACAAAAGGGAAAAAACAGCUCAGUGAGAAGGAAGUCACAGCAACAAGGAGGAUUGCGUCUGUGCGAAUUCACGUUGAGCGGGCAAUUAAUCGGAUCAAGACAUACCGAAUCCUGCAGCAUCCCUUGCCAAUCAAGUCCAAGUAA